AAUCAAGCGUCAGUUAAAUUUGAUGAUCUGGUUUAGCAUGGAACUAUUAUAGUUCUCUAGCGUUUGAUAACUUGAUAAGCUUUCCCAUUCUGCAAUGUUCUGUUGUUUUUUUUUUCUGUUACUUUUUUCGUAUUAGAUUCUUUGAUUUCUUUCCCACUCAAUAUAAGAUUAGUAGACUUGUAAACUAACUAACCCAACAUGUUAGAAUUUUUUUAAGCAGGAGGUGGAAUUCAAGGCUAGUUAUUCACUUGUCAGCAAAAGGCCAUGUUUGCAGCUUUGUGCAUCGUCUGGAGUUAUUUUUUGAGUUGAUUUUUUAUUCCUGACUUGAUAUUCCUCUGUUUUGCCACAUGAGGUGCAUCUUGAUGAAUAUCUUCUAUACAUAGAUUCCUCAAUCACUCACCUAUGAAUGUAAUAAAUACCUUAGUGUAAAAUCUAAUAUGAAUUACCUUUAACUAAUAGUCGUGGUGGGUUAAUCAUACUUAUAUAAUGUUAUUUAUACUUAUAUAAUCUGAAUUACCUUUGAUUGGUUUGAAUUCUUUGUUAGCUCUCUCUGCGUUUGCAUUAUAACUCUGCAUUAUGGGCCAUUCGGGCAAUGUAUUUGCCCUUUUAUAGUAUAGAGCAAGUUUGAGAAAUUGUAUUUUUGGUUUCUACUGUGGUUAAUGUUGAUUGUUUUUUCCAGGCAUAUAUCACUCAUCUGGCCGUUUGCUAUGUUUAACAAUCUAUGCAUCAAGUGGCAUUAUGUGAUGUAAAGCCACACAAAGGCUGCCAUGUCUCUCAAGGGUACGAUUUACUUCAUUAUCUACUGGCCAUAAUACAAUUGGCGUGCACUUCAAUUUAAUACAUAUUUAGAGGAAGGUGUAAGAACACUCAAUAAGUAAGGUGUAAAUAUUUUUACUGCAAAUGCCAAGAGUCUAUUCAUGUAUGUGAGCUUUACAUCAGCCACUGCUUUAUGCCUACAACAUAUGCCAAAAUGCAUGAAUGCAUUUUCUUUAUUUUUAAAGUUCAUUUACCUCUGAUACACAAAAGCCUGAAUUAUUGUUUGCUUCUUUGUGAUGGCCAAUUGAUUUGGGACUUUUGAGAUAGAGGCGAAGCUGCACAAAGUAGCAAAAAAAAAAAAUGCUUGCAUUGCAUAUCCAUGCAACUUCUUUUUCCUUUUCCAUAUGAAACAAAGAGCACACCUCUAUAGAUGUAUAAUGUACAGAAAAAAAUAAUUGCAAUGAAGAUCAAGUAGUCAAAAGGAACCACCCUUUUUUAGCUUCAAAAUGGGGAUCCCUGCAGCUGUCACACGAUCCUUAAAGCUGUCCUUUGUGGCAUAUCUAGUCUCUGCUGUUCUGGUGCUGUUCCUUCCCCAUGAGUUUCACAACAAAGUUACAGUUGGGAGGUGGAUGGCGGAGCAGAUUACCUUCUACAUCGGGAGUUUCUUGGUGUUUCUAUGCUGGGAACUAAGCCAUCAUUUACAUCAGACUAUAUUGGAUAAACAGGGAUCCUCUUAUUCAACAUGGCUGCCACAGGUUAUUGCUGACAGACUUUUACAGACAUUUGUAUGGAAAGUUGCAUUAGAAACUGAAAAUAGGUUAGUUGUCCGAGCUGUGUAUCCAACUAUUGAAAAAGCACUUAGAGCUAAUGGUUCACCAUUAUCAAUGGUAACAACUGAAGAUAUUCGAGAAAUUAUAGCUCUCACGGCCAAGGCAACAUUCAUUACAAAAUCUUCUGAGAUGAUGCUAUCAAAACAUGAUCUGUUGCUUGAUAAAACUCUGAGUGGUGUAAUCGAUAAAAAAAGGAGUAUCAAUUUUCCAAUAGAAGAUGGUGACACAUAGGCAAGCCAAAACAAAUUCAGGAGAUUUGAAAAAGGAUCGACAUCAAUUUCUGCAAAUGGAACUGUCCGUCAAGAUCAUUGAAUCAUCAAUCCGAAUGGAGCAGAAAAUUGGAAAUGUUUUGUCUUCUCUUCUCUGAAAUUCAAAAGACUGUUGCAGACGCACUUUUGCAGGCUGAUGUUUUGAGAUGUGUUGCUCUCAUAUUGAUGAAGAGUCAGGCCUCAGACACCUGAGAUUAAAUAUGCUGCUGGAACAACAAUGGAGAUACAAGCAUCUAUUUCCCUUUGAACAUUUAUGUGUAUCAUAUGCGCUUUGUCAGUUACCCACACAUUCUUUUUGAAAAUGGCAAUUAGCAUGUUAUUUGCCAUGGUUAGAGGCGAUCUUCUAUUUUCAGUCUAUGAUAGGAACUGAACAUAUAUGUGCAGCAGUUUGUAUUUUGUAUCAGUUAAAUGUCAACCACUAAUAUGGUUGUCGGUUUGUAAAAA